CGUACGCGUCAGCGUGCUCGUUCACGCGCCAGCCAUUGAAACUAGUGUGGACUUCAGACAGAAAGAACAAACACAGCACCUAACAUUACAAAUGGCAGAGUGGAACGCCUACUACCAGAAUGAAGACGAGGAGGAAGAGCAAGAGGAAGGAGAGCAAUCUGGAGGAGAUUACAAGAUCACAGGGAGAGACAGUUUGGUCUUCUUGGUUGAUGCCUCCAAGGAAAUGUUCAUCAAAGGAGAAGACGGAGAGCCCUCUAACUUUGACAUGACCAUGCAGGUCGUGCGCAGUGUGUACACCAGUAAGAUCAUUAGUAGUGACAGGGACCUGGUGGCUUUGGUUUUCUACGGCACAGAGCAGAGUAAAAAUCCCAGGAACUCAUUCAAGCAUGUCUACGUGUACCACGACCUAGAUGAACCCGGUGCAAAGCGAGUGCAGGAAGUGGACGCUCUGCGGGGAGAAAAAGGUGCCAGGCUAGCGGCAGAAACCAUGGGCAGCGGGGAGACGUCGUUAGGAGACGCCCUGUGGUGCUGUGCCAACCUCUACAGUGACAUCAAGCUGCGCCUCUCACAUAAGCGGCUCAUGAUCUUCACCUGCAGGGACGAACCACACGGGGGCGACAGUGCAAAGGACCGACAGGCUCGCACCAAAGCCGGUGACCUCAAAGAGACCGGUGUCAUCAUUGAUUUAAUGCAUCUGAUGAAACCGGGGGGCUUCGAUGUCGCGCUAUUCUUUCGGGACAUUGUAAGUCAACCUGAGGAUGAGAGCGAGUUGGGUUUGCAGCUGGAGCCUUGUGACAAACUGGAAGACCUCCAGAAGAGAGUGCGGGCCAAGGAGCAGAAGAAGAGAGCCAUGGCCAGGUUAAACCUGUGUCUUGGCGAGGGCAUUAAUGUAGCUGUGGGGAUUUAUGCAACUGCUGUGACAUCUCGGAAACCAGCCCCCGUCAGACUUUACAGGGAAACCAACGAGCCGGUCCGCAGCAAAACCCGAACCUUCCACACCCAGACUGGCAGCCUGCUUCUGCCCAGUGAGAUAAAGAAAGCCCAGACGUACGGUAAGAAGCAGAUAGUGAUGGAGAGGGACGAGGUGGAUGCCAUCAAGAAGUUUCAGGAUCCCGGACUCUAUCUGAUCGGAUUCAAACCAAUGGAAAGGCUCAAAACUCACCACCACAUCCGACCUGCUGUGUUCCUCUAUCCUGAGGAGGGAGAGGUGAAAGGCAGCGCGUGUCUGUUCUCUGCCUUAUUGACGAAGUGCAGCGAGAGGAACGUGUUCGCUCUGUGCCGCUGCGUCUCUCGACGAAACUACCCGCCUCGAUUUGCUGCUCUGGUGCCUCAGAGAGAGGAGGUCGACGAGGGAAAAGUACAGAUUACACCACCAGGUUUCAACGUCAUCUACCUGCCAUACGCUGACGACCUGCGGACUCUGGAUCCCCCUCAGUGCCCAUCGGCCUCACAAAUACAGGUGGACAAAAUGAAGGAGAUCGUCUCCAAGCUGCGCUUCAAAUACAGGAGUGAGGCUUUUGAGAAUCCAGUCAUCCAGCAGCAUUACAGGAACCUGGAGGCCUUGGCUCUGGAUAUGAUGGCUCCAGAGGACACAGAGGACCUCAUCAUGCCAAAGGUGGAUCAGAUUAACCACCGUCUGGGUCCCCUGGCUGAGGAGUUUAAAGAUCUGGUCUACCCUGCUGGCUACAACCCUGAAAACAAACCAGUUGCCAAACGCAAAACAGCUGAUGUCGGAGGCGGAGCUGAGAAGAAGCCCAAAGCGGAGGUGACGGAAGACGAGCUAAGGGCCCAUGUGCAGAACGGCACCCUGGGAAAGCUGACCGUGCCCGUGUUGAAGGAGGCCUGCAAACAAUUCGGGGUUCGAACCACUGGGACCAAGAAACAGGAGCUGAUAGAUGCUCUGACCGCCCAACUGGCCCCAUGAGGAGUUAGAUGUGCACCUCACUGUGCCUUCGUGAGCUUUUUCAGAUCAGUGUCUUAGUUAGACUUGAUUCCAGGACAUGUCUUCAGCCAUUUUGCAAACCAAUUUCUGGUAAAUUUGGUUUUAAAAGCAGGUGACAAGUUUUAAAUUUACUGCGUGGCCCGUGCAUUUUGGGACAGACGGACACUGUUUAGUUUUGUCUUGUAGUUGAUGAGUUGAAAACUGUUGAUUUACCCUUUUUUUUUUUUUUACAAGGCAGCACGGUUCAGUGCAGCUUAGUGCUUAUGUCUGCGGUGUGUCUGUCCCACAUUACAUGAAUAAUGUAUUAAUUUUAAAAAAGACUACCAGGUCAUUUUCUCAUGAUUUAAAACUGGUUGAUUUGAGUUAUAAUGUCAUAAAAAAGUCUGCAUUGGAAUAUACUGUACAGUCAUAAAAUUACUGUAACUACUUGGGACUGUUGUUGAUAAUCUUGUAUUUGCAUUAAUAAAGCCUUUUACAGCCCUG